GGAAGGCUGGAAGUGACCAACUCAUUCGAGAAUUCAAUGUGGCUGUCUGUCCAAAAGAGCAACCAACUCCAUAUCCUCGUGCCUAUUCUCAAUUUGAGAAACGUCAAUUGCGUCAUUUCUUCAUCUACUACCAGCUGUCGAGUCAAUCGUUUAAGGACGUGA